AUGAGAUUCCUCAGUACCGUCCACUAUACCAAAGUUAUAUGGUUGCGAUCUGCUUCCUUGCAGAACAUUCAUCGAUCACAAUACACCACGUUUUCCAUAUACUACUUUUGGUACCAACUCGCAGGGAAUCGUGCAGGUUUGCGCCUUAUUACGUUGCACCAUAAAUCCCUAUUAUUUCUGCCUUCAAGUAUGCCUACUGCGAAUCAUCAGCCACUCGUUGUCGUAUGUGGAGCCACCGGCGCGCAGGGCUCUAGUGUUGUCAGCUACCUGCUACGAGAUGGUGGAUAUCGAGUGCGCGCAUUGACCAGAAAUCCCGAUGGCACACCUGCACAAAAGCUGAAGAGCCGAGGCGUUGAAGUUGUUACUUGCGACUUCGAAAAUCUCGAGCAAGUCACGCUUGCUCUUCGAGGUGCCUACGCCGUUUAUGGUGUGACAAACUUCUGGGAGCAUGGAGAAGAAGCUGAAAUCCAGCAGGGUAAGAAUCUUGCAGAUGCCGCGAAGGCAUGCGGAGUCCGGCAUUUCAUUUGGCCAUCACUUCCCCACGUCCCUAUCAUUGAACCUCGGCACUGGGAAACUAAAAUUACUGUCGAAUCAUAUCUUAAUGAGAUUGGCGUACCAACUACUAUUCUGUUAACCCCGUUCUUCUUUGAGAAUCUAUGGCGGGUUCUUCCGGUCACAAAACUUCCAAAUGGCACUUUAUGCCUGGAUUGGUUCUGGCCAAGCGAGACACUAGUUCCCUCAUUUGCAGCUGAAGACAUCGGUGCAUGGGUAAUGGUAGCGCUGAGGAAUCCCAAGAUUUGGAUUGGCCAGCGCUUGGGUAUAUGCGUGCAGAGGUUGACCCCACGGGAUUACGCUUCCGCGCUAUCUGAAGGUUUGAGGACCAAAGUUACGCUUCGUGAGGUUUCCGUAGCACAGUUUGAUGCCGUUCGACCAUACGUGCAUGACGACUUGUGGCUGAAUCUCCGCCUCAAAGUUCAUGUCCCGUACGAGACACUUGCAGGUCUCUUUUUCAGACUUCAGAAACUACGCCAGGCUGCCGACGUGCUUCGCAGGACGAGUCGUUUCGUUGCCCUAGCGCGCCGACUUGAACUACAAAUGAAAGAAAUAGAAUCGGGGAUAUCUGCAUCUACCUCGUCCAAGCAUGUGACCUCUGGUAACUCAAGAGAAUCAAUCGACAGUACUGCUCCUGGAUCUGGUGCUGGGGCAGAGGAUGGAAAUGCGAAGGAACGCGCGGUUGCCAGAGCCGCACUAAGUGUCGCGGAACUAUCGUCCCUGUUAGAGACAUCGGCUCCAACGAAUGCCACAGCCAAUCAUCCGACCGAGAAAAGUGAUGAUCAGGCUGCGUUCAUCCCUUUACAAAAAAUCAACGUUGUUGCUCGACUAGUACCCACCCUUGAUUCGUCUCGAAACCGAAUAAAUGAAGAAAUGGAGUCCAUGAUCGUGGAGGGACUAACGUCUCUGAAUCAAUCGGUCUUGGCGGCCGCGCUACAAACAGCAUUCAAUCUACGGAUCAUGCCCGGGGUCGUGCAGUCUCUGUUAGUCGAUCUGACUGAAGCAGUGGAUGCAAGAAUCAAGUCUGCGUUUGAUGUCUCUAGGAUCGCAAAAGAGAUAUCUGGAAAUGACCCGCCCCCCCAGCCCAGUGGAUUAAUGUACCGCUCGCGGGUGCGAACAGCUCCAACCAAUCUGACUGCUCCUCAAUGGACCAAUGCAUUGUGGGCCAGGUUAGAACAGAUGAUCGAAGAAAUGGCAGGGUGCUGCAUCAAGGUGUAUAAUCUCGAGAAAGUGCUAAAGCACAAGAAAGAUCCUAUAUCUCAGACUUCGUUUUUAGACGAGGCUAUGACGGUACUGGAAAAUAGGCCAACGACAGCUUUCUGGAGUGCUCUCGCUCGUUCGCUUGACAAGCAUUCCAAAGAGGCUGCCAAAGCCUCGACAUUCCUGCAACAAACACUCAGUACCGGAUAUCCUCGAUUCCUCCGACUGUUUCACGAUCUUUUCGCCAAAAUCGCAAUGCACACGGAUACAAUCUACACAUCGAACCAACAAAGUCCUGAAACAGUAAUCGUCCUUCGUUCGGUGUCUGCAUUCGAGCAACUCUACCUCUCUCGAUCCACGGCUCGGAUGAACGAAACCAUCGCCACAGCUGUGCGACAAUCACCUCCGGGUGCUCCUGAGGGGUUAGCUAUCAGUCGAACAGUUGUCAAUGAGCUCGAUUCGGCAAGAUUCGAUCCGUUGCUUGUGAAGAGCGUGGCAAAGAAUGUGGGUGGGGCCUUGGAGUUGCUGGUUAGUAGAACGGAUACUUUAAUCGUUAGGGAUAGGAGCGCGACAUCCCUUGUAGGCCCUCUAGGGACAGCCCAACAAGCACUAAACGCACAGAUUUUCACAAUGCUACACACUUGCUGGGCGAGGCUAAAUAAAUUGGAAGGAGAGUUUCAUGAAGGAGUGACAUUAGUCCUGAAACCCCCUAUUAAAAAAAUCGAGCGCCAGUGCGAAGGAAUAUCCGAACCCCUUUUAAGCGCUAUCCGACGCGACUUGGGAUUGAUCCUGUCACGUAUGCACCGCGUAGAUUUCAGCAAGUCGUUUGAAACAAUGGCGCCCGGUAUGGGAGGCGGGGCAAGUGCAUACAUGAAGGAACUCACCGCCAAACUGGGAUUCCUCCGAAACGAGGUGUUUAGCAAGUUCAGUGUGGCAGACGUUGUCCAGGAUUGGUUAGAUAAUAAGUGUGGCCAAAAACGUCAUCGAACCUUUGUUCUUAACGCGUCGAUCAUCAAGCCUCUCGGCGAAGCGGGAAAGCUCCAACUCACAAGCGAUAUGACUGAGCUCGAGUUUACGCUAGGGUCAUUUGUCGCUGAUCCAUCGAGGAGAACGGGGUCACUAGACGUUUUGGGGGAUGAUUAUCGUGUCUUACGUGCUCUGAGACCUUUGCUAUUCUUGGAUACCGCACUUCUUUCUUCUCCCGAUGACACGUACAGUCUUCCACCGCUGAUUAUACUGCACCACAUUAUUGUGCGAUCACCAUACCCCCUACCGCACACGCUGCACACUUGGACCGAAGCCGAGUAUGUGCGGUGGAUUGAAGAUCAUACGCCUCGAGAGGCGUUAGCACUGGUUGAGGCUUGCGUUCCGAAAUGGGAAACCCAAACCGUGGAAACAAAUAAUACCGAUGAGGAUUGGAAGUACGUGGAGCCCAACGACGACUGCACGAUGAGAAAGACGCCGUAUCUUAUUAGCUUGGCCGUCGCCCUGGCCGUUAUGUCGGUGACGAUCGUCUCAAACGCAGUCCCGAAAUUACUACGUGUUCCUAACCCCAACGGUUCGCAUGACCUAUCAUACACUGGUCUCUAUGAACGAUGCGACCUACGCCAAACAACACCCGCUCCUCCUUACAACCCAAAAAACCCAGACCCAACACUGCCGCUUCCUCCUAAUACGCCGCACAGACCACCUCCGGAGCCUCAGUCUGUUUCUGAUAUGCGUUUCUAUGAAUUUAUCCCAGACAGGGCCAUCCCACCCAUCACCGAUCCUACCCGGCCGGAGAACCCGACACCAUCGCCUCCUCCCGAGAACGAGCUCCCAGAGAAGAAAAAGAAACAGCCAAGAUACAAGUGCAAGCCAUUCCCAUCGCGUGCUGCCUGUGAUCACGAUGGUCAGUCGUUCUGUGUCCUCUGGACCACGGCGGGAUACGCAAUGCAGAUGAGCAUUGUGCUUGAAGUCGUCGUUCUUCUCGUCUUGUUUGUGGUCAGCUUCCGGUUCUCCACUAGAGCGAGGAGGAGAGGCGCUUGGAAGGUUAUUGGGGCCCUUACUGGCUUGCAAGUUGCGCUCCAAAUCCUAACCAUGGCCAUCGUUGUCCAUCUCCGUCGCACUCGUCCUCGAUGGUUCCACGACAAUACCGAAUAUGGAGCGUCAUUUAUUUUACUCGUCAUUGCCUGGUCGGUGGGCUUCCUUCUCAUGGUUGGCCUCGUCGGAACCGGAUUUGCCGCUCGUGCUGGCCAUAAAUGGGCUGCGGAAAACGCGGUUAUUACCCUAUCCCAGAUGCUCACUAAAUUCUUGCCCCCGAAUGCGCACUGA